CUUGUGAUCGCUGCACACAUGGAACCAUGAAGUCCAACGCCUGCUCUGAGGUUCCCCCGCGCAUUUUAUCCUCCUUGGGAUCCCUGCCUGAUGUCCCGAGCAUUCGCAGCUCUCUCCUCCAUCCGCAAGACUACAAUGUCUAACAUGGACAAGUACGAGUCGUUCUUUCGUUACACUUCCGGUCGUUGGCUCUACAACGAGAAAGAACAGCUCGCGAUACGUUACGUUCGUUUCAAUGUCGACGCUCUAAAGAAGGUCGCUGCCGAGGCUGUCGGAGCCAGCUAUUGCACCGACAUCAGGAAGACGCAUGAGGGAGCAUUCAACAAGAUAUUCAUGCUUCGGUUCGACAACAAUGCUGAACUUGUUGCGAAAAUCCCGACGCCUCUCGUGUCUCCUCCACACCUCUGCACCGCAUCAGAGGUCGCUACAAUGGACUACGUCCGGAACGUCAUGGGCCUUCCUGUCCCCAAAGUCUUCGGAUGGUGCUCUCGAGCCGAAACCACUGACGUUGGUGCUGAGUACAUCCUCAUGGAGAAGAUCGACGGCGUUGUACUUUCGGCUUCAUGGACAAAGCUGAAAGGACAAGAUGCUGUCGAUAUGAUGGAGCAACUUAUAUCUUGCGAGCAAUCGUUUUCCCGUCACAAAUUCUCUCAGAUUGGUAGUCUAUACUAUAAGGAAGAUGUUGCGCCUGCGCUUCAAGGCCGCCGACUUUAUGCAGAUGGCGUGCCCGAUAAUGAGGCUUCUGACCGCUUUCGCAUUGGCCCUCUCGCAAUGUGGGAGGUUUGGUGUGGUCGCCGCGUCAACAUUACAUUGGAUCGUGGACCUUGGCCUGAUAUUAUGUCCUUUUUUUCUGGCAUCGUUCGUAUUCAGGAGGAAUAUCUUCGCUUCUUCGCUCGUGCCAGGCCUGCCCCUUUUGAUCGUCCUUCAGAAGAUGCUUCCCCUUCGUCUUACAUACCUUACUUCCAUCGGUUUUUGCAAGUGGCACCGACCUUACUUCCCUCUAUGGAACUGCAAUACCCUGUUCUUUGGCAUGAGGACCUUCAUCGUUCCAACAUUAUGAUGCAGCCGUCUGGUCUCCCUCCCGUUGCUGCAGUACUCGAUUGGCAAACAGUCUCGGCCCUUCCACUUAUUCUUCAGGCAGUCUCUGCCGCAUAUAUUGUUUAUGACGGGGACCCUCGUAUUGAAAUCGUCCCUGGCAAUGAGAAGCCUCGAAUGCCGGCCAAUUAUGAUGAGCUUCCGCCUGACGAGAAGAGGUAUCUACGCAUCCAGCAGGGUCUCGCACUACGAUGGAAGCUCUAUCAAUCUUUCAUGUAUCAGAGAUGCCCCUCACAAUGGGCGGCACUUCAUCAUCCUUACCGACCCUGGUUGACCUCCUUUAUGAUCGAACUAUUUGCCUCGUGGUUCCAUGGUGUCAGCCCUCUGCGCCAGAUUCUGGUUGAGAUUCAGAGUGAAUGGGACUCUAUUGCACCUGGCCAACCAUUUCCAUGUCCCAUUGAUGAAACUGAACUUAAGCGGCACGAAACGGAAUAUGAGCGCACCGUUCUAUACAAGGAGAACGUGGAGAGUCUGAGGGCAGAUUUGGGGAGUGGGUUCGAUGGAGAGGUGUCGCACAACCAGUAUCUGCAGGUGAAGAAACUGAAUGAGAAGAUGAAAUUUCGAUGGAAUGAGGAGGAGAUGGGCGGUCCAUAUCCUUUCCAGGAUGGAGGCUAUUCGUACUGGCUUGAUUUUUGACAGGGCGUCUUGCCGCUGCCUCGUAUUAAACGAUACGUACUCGAGAUCCCUUCUCAAGACAAUGUCACUAUCUCAUCGUUUAGCGAAUAACAAUUGUAUUUACCUUUGAAUGACAUCAUCUAUCUUCAACGUAUAAAUCACGGGUAAAAGCCUUCGCGGCGCUAACCUGCCUUCCGUUGAACCCAGAACC